CGAUGCCCAACUUCCUCAACGCGCACACUCUCUUCUUUCUGGGUGUCCUUCUUGCCGCCAUUCCCAUUCCUCUUGGUGUUUGGACAGAUCACUACUCCUUAGCCUUCCCGCAUCAAUACCUAGGUAUCGUUGUCUGCGACUCCGUAGGCGUCAACCGCAAGGACUGUUCGUUCCAGCCAUUCUACCGUAGGACCAACGACACGAACAUUGCUAAGCCCCUGUACGAACGCUUCGGGUUGGACCUGGACUGGUGGAAGCUUCAAGACAUUUCGACAGCUUCGAUCGCGAACUCACGAGCGAUGCCUCGCACGCCAGUAUACUUUGUCAGCCACGGCGGCCCAACCAUCAUGGAAGAAACUUCGCAUCCUGCGUACGCAAAGCUGCAAGCCAUCGGUCGUGAAAUCACGCAAGAGGUGAAGCCGAAAGCCGUCGUGGUCUUCUCCGCUCACUGGCAAGCGGAUGGACCGAAUGCCGUCGAGGUCAACACAGCGACGGACAUGGAUCUUAUCUACGACUUCUACGGCUUCCCGGCGCAUUACUACAAGAUGCAGUAUCCGCACCGCGGCUCCCCACAGUUGGCUGGUAAGGUCAUCGAAACCUUCCGAAAGAACGGCGUCCAUGCCGAGGGUGUGAGCCGCGGCCUGGAUCAUGGCGUCUGGGCUGGCUUCAUGGUAAUGUUCGAUCCGAAGACGAACCCGUUGAAUGUGCCUAUUGUGCAGGUCAGUCUGUAUGAUUCCGAAGACCCGGAGCGGCACUACGCUCUCGGUCAGGCACUCUCUUCGCUGCGCGACGAGGGCGUGCAGAUUAUCGGGUCGGGCAUGGCGGUGCAUAACUUGCGCGAUCUUGGUAGACGCCUCGGAGGUUCAACAAACUAUGCCGUCACUUUCGAAGAUGGCCUAAAAGCGGCAGUCGAGACGAAGCCGGAGGAGAGGAGGGAGGCCAUGACUGAGCUGCUCAAAAGGCCUGAUGCGAGAAAGGCGCAUCCAAGCUUCGAGCACCUCCUGCCAGUACACGUUGUGGCGGGUGCGGCUGGCGGUGAAAGUGGCAAGCAGUUGUGGACUAUGGCAGAGGGAGGUUUGGCGUGGGGUCAGUACCGGUUUGGCGAAGUUGUUGCUUCAUGAUAUUCUAGAUGUUUGGUCAAGGUCGCCACGUCCAGUGUGGCUGUCAAAAAUGCUUUGUAUCACCAGGGUGGCGCUUGUGUGCUACGGGUUCAGCAGAUCGCCGGUUAUCAAUUGGUUGUUAUUGUACAUUAUGUACACUCAAGCAGCUCGUCCAUCCCGAGAAGCUACUCGCAUGACCGAGUGGUUGUGCCUUGCUAGCCGUGACGGUAACUGUGCGGUCAUUAUGCGUCCUUCACCAGCUUUGUGACUGCAUCUUCGAUCCCUUUGUCGUCCAGCCCAUUGAGGUCUACCCGCUUCUCCCUGCCGAACUCAUACCGCGCAAACACACGAGGCUGUAUGUCCAAUGCUUCCCGGAUCAUAAUGGGAGUGUGCGGGUUGUGGUGCUUCAUC